AUUUCUAGUUAUUUUAUUAUAAAACAUGGCUUCAAUAGAAGCUGUUCUGGUCGCCGGCGUAAUGCACCUCGUCCUUCAGUACUCUCUGUAUAUAACGCCACUAACGACCUUUAGUACGCCUGGUCCCACUCUGCCCACAAUUAUUGUCUGUGUUGCCUUAUUGGAUAUCAUCUACGCAAAUGACAUUGUGCCACUUUGCAUGGACGAGAGGCCCAUGGUGUUCAAAUAUAUUGCCGAAUGUCUGGUGGCGAUCUUCAUACUGGAGGUGGGCAUGCUGGUCUUCUGGCAGACAUUGGAGCAUGUUGUCGUCAUGAUAGCCAGGACCCUGCUGCUUGGCAAGGAGCUAGUUAGCUCGGAGUAUUAUUAUGAGCAUGAGGCGGUUCUGAUUGGCGCCUUUACAGUGCCGGUAUCCCUGAUAGUUCUGGCCACCGUAGUUAGCUUCACCAAUCAUAUGCCCAAGCUCUGUGAUCGCUAUAUAUCCAGACAGAUGCAAGUCCACUUGAACCUUGAUAAAGCCGUCGACUUCCUGAGCCGCUCCGAUCGUUAUAAGGAUAGUAGAUUUAGGGAGCUGCUCUGUACAUAUAAUGCGAAUGCAGCAGAGGCCCAUAAUCCCUCCUGGGUAAAAUACUUUCAAAACGAAAAAUAAUCCAUAUAUAUUCGUACAGUUUUUUACUUUUCAA